AGAAACAUCAAUGUGGGAGAGACACAUCGAUUGGUUGCCUCCCACCCACGCCCUAACCAGGGGCAGGGUUCGAACCUGCAACCCAGGUAUGUGCCCUUGACCGGGAAUCGAAACCCAAAACCCUCCAGUGCCCAGGCCGAUGCUCUAACCACUGAACUACGCCCAUACUUACUAGUUUCUUAAAAAGCAUUGACACCCAGUACCAACCAGCAUACCUACUGCCCAGAUCUUGCAUUUGAAAUACCAUUUCCUACUCUAGAGAACUAGGGCUCCUUGGAGAAAUGGCUGAUCCCGGACUGUGCCCGACGAGCCGGGAGCAUCUGGUGAUGCCAGAAAAUAGGAAGUGCUCAGAAAUCAUGAAGACACAGGAGUCAGCUCGAAGGACCUUCCGUGGGCCAACUCAGGGACAAUUUGAGGCUCAAAAUAAAAAAUGACAGCCCCGGAUUGUCACCCAGGGCAUGAAACAAGAAUCCACAGAUCCGUACUGAUGAUAAAGAAAUGAGAAUGUUAGUAAGUAUAGAAGAAAUAAUAGAAUCGGAGAACUGCCAUUUGCAACCAUCUUGGCAAAAAUUGGUGCAGGUUACUGAUUUAAGUAAAAUCAUCGAUGGAUUUCAAGCUGUGGGCGACAGAUGGUGAGGCAUGGAAUGGGAGGAAUGGUAACCGUGGCGAGGAGACCCGGCACGGCGGCCCCACCUUAAUCAAACGAAGUCAGUUCACAUCACCAACAAGGGGACGUGUCCCUCCUGCCAGGAUGCCCCGAGGAGACGUCAUGUGUGCUAUGUGUCCACUCAGACUGCAGGACCUGAGUCUAAUCAUGACAGAACAUCAGACAAGCCAAGGCUGAGAGACGUCCUACAAAACAACUGGCCCACACUCUUCAGGAGUGUCAAGGACGCCCCCAUCGUGGGAGGAAAAAAAGGCUGAGAAACGGUUUCAGAUGAAAGGAGACUAAAGAGCUGUGAUGACCGGAUGCUGUGCGUGACCCUGGGCUGGGUCCUGACCUGCUCUCCAGCACCCACUCCCUCGUGUCUGGAUAGGGUGAGCCAGGGUGCUAGCAGGCAUCUUCCUUGAUGGCAGAGCUGGGCCCCCUCGGGGGUGUGCUCGGCUGGUUGAGAAUUUGCAGCUGUAAGACACACUGAUGCCGAGCGGGAGCCACCCCCGGUUGGCCUGGUCGUGCCUGGGCCAAUGGGCAGAAUCACCAGGCGGGUCCCCAGAUGACCAACAGUGCUGAGUUGACGGCCGACGCUGCUGGGGACCGGGGCAAGCCCAAGGGCGGCGGGCAGAUGAACGAGGAGAUCUCCAGCGACUCCGAGGGCGAGAGCCUGGCCCCCAGGAGGGCAGAGGAGGAGGACCUGGGGGAGCUGGAGGAGACAGCACAGGAGAAGAAGCUGCGCUUGGCCAAGCUCUACCUUGAGCAGCUCAGGCAGCAAGAGGAAGAGAAGGCUGAGGCCCGAGAGUUUGAGGAGGACCAGGUGGCAGGGCGCCUGAAGGAGGAGCUGCUCGAACAGAGGGGCAGGCUGCAGAAGUCGGUGGCGAAGGAGAUUCAGGCCCCAGCCCCGGCUGACAUCCGAGUCUUACGGGGCCACCAGCUGUCCAUCACGUGUUUGGUUAUCACCCCUGAUGACCUGGCUAUCUUUUCCGCGGCCAAAGACUGCACCAUUAUUAAGUGGAGCGUGGAGAGUGGACGGAAGCUUCAUGUGAUCCCACGAGCCAAGAAGGGUGCCGAGGGACAGCCCCCCGGCCACAGCAGCCACGUCCUCUGCAUGGCCAUCUCCUCCGACGGCAAAUACCUUGCCUCGGGUGACCGCAGCAAGCUCAUCCUCAUCUGGGAGGCCCAGAGCUGCAGGCACCUGUACACCUUCACAGGACACCGGGACGCUGUGUCGGGGCUGGCGUUCCGCAGAGGCACCCACCAGCUCUACAGCACGUCCCACGACCGCUCUGUGAAGGUGUGGAACGUGGCGGAGAACUCCUACGUGGAGACGCUCUUCGGGCACCAGGAUGCUGUGGCUGCACUGGACGCGCUGAGCCGGGAGUGCUGCGUGACGGCGGGGGGCCGGGACGGGACUGUGCGCGUGUGGAAGAUCCCUGAGGAGUCCCAGCUUGUCUUCUACGGCCACCAGGGCUCCAUUGACAGCAUCCAGCUCAUCAACGAGGAGCACAUGGUGUCAGGCGCUGAUGAUGGCUCUGUGGCCUUGUGGGGCCUCUCCAAGAAACGGCCGCUGGCCCUGCAGCGUGAGGCGCACGGGCUUCGGGGGGAGCCAGGCCUGGAGCAGCCCUUCUGGGUGUCGUCAGUGGCAGCCCUGCUCAACACAGACCUCGUGGCCACUGGCUCCCACAGCUCCUGCGUGCGGCUCUGGCAGUGUGGGGAGGGCUUCCGGCAGCUCGACCUUCUCUGCGACAUCCCCCUGGUGGGCUUCAUCAAUAGCCUCAAGUUCUCCAGCACUGGGGACUUCCUGGUGGCCGGGGUGGGGCAGGAGCACAGGCUGGGCCGAUGGUGGCGGAUCAAGGAGGCGCGGAACUCCGUCUGCAUCCUACCACUGCGGAGGGCCCCACGCCCCACGGCCGCGGGCUCCUGACGUCCUCAUGCCCCUCAUCUCAGUCCUCCCCAGGCCCGGCCCUCCCCUCUUUGUAUUAAAAGUCUCCUCCUCUGGG